AUUUUAAAAAAUAAUGAGUAAAAAGGACCUUGAAAUCACAGUUGGAUGUAAUAUGAUUUUAUUAUAAAAUAGAAAUUAGAAAGGCAAUCCCUCAACAUUUAUUUUAGAAGAACGAGUUACGAUUUUUGGUUUCCGUGGGCUAAGCUGUUAGUUGCACAUUAUUACUAACAUAUUUAGCUUAUAAUUAUAUCCCCUUAACUUGGUUGGCUUUACCAAUUUGGGUGGCAUAUGCCUUUCUAACAGGAACUGUGGCUACAGGAAUAUGUAAGAUGAUAUAUUUAAACUUAGGGGUUCUUGGUCAUGAAUGUGGACAUUUUGCAUUCUCAGAUAUCAAAUGGUUAAAUGAUGCUUUAGGUUUCAUAUUGCAUGAAGCAUUGUUGGUACCAUAUUAUUCAUGGUAACAUUCUCAUGCUCUUCAUCAUGCUAAGACAAAUCAUUUAACUGAAGGUGAAACACACAAUCCAGUCAUUAUCGAUUCAAAGAUGGGAAAAAUAUAUUAAAAAAUGAAAGAUAUUUUGGGAGUGGAAUCUUUUGCUUGUGUUUAGAUCUUCAAUAUAGCAGUGUUGGGAUGGCCUCUUUAUCUAUUACUUGGAGUCACAGGAGGAUCAGCAAGAGGAUUCACUAGUCAUUUCAUCGUACCCAACAAAUUGUUCCCACCAAAAAUGCUCGUCAAAGUUACUGCUUCAAAUAUUGGAUUGUGUUUAGUUAUUUAUGGACUUUACAAAUGGUAUUAAGCAACCUCAUUUGCUGAAGUGAUGGCUUUGUAUCUUGGUCCCUAUUUGGUUGUAAAUAUGUGGUUGACUAUCAUCACCUUCUUGUAACACACUGAUGCUGAUGUUCCUCAUUAUGAUGAAACCGCCUGGACAUGGUUGAAAGGUAUUUUAAUCUAUUUAUUUUAGGUGCUUUAUGUACCAUCGAUAGAAAUUACCCUCUAUGGAUUGAUGCUUUACAUUUCGAAAUUGGUACCACUCAUGUUGUUCAUCAUGUCUUUUCCGAAUUACCUCAUUACAAUGCAAGAGUACUCUAUCAUUUAAACAAUUAUAGGAAGCUAAUGUCUACGUAAAACAAGUCAUUGGAGAUUUAUACAAUCAAGAUGCCAAAAAAUUGUGGACAUCCCUUUAUAAUUCUGCCAGUCUUGUUGGAGUAGAACACAAAGGAAAUGGAAUCUGGAAAUUCGCAAAGGCUUGAUUAUCAUUUAGUAUAUAUUGAUCAACACAUAUUAACAUCGAAU